AUGGCCCACGAAAACCGAAUUCACCAGCUCGAAGACAUUGCAAACCGAAGUCCGCAACAUGAAGGGAAAUGGGACGCCCUUGCCGCCGGCGAAAUGAGUGUAUCGUCCUCACACAGCGGAACGACAUACCUUGUGCCAGUCCCGGUGACUUUAAAAGCACAGCUUGGAAGCCCGACUGCUCUAGCCAUUGGUGCCUUUUCCACGACUUUGACGACGUUGGCAUUGGCUUUGAUGGAGUUCAGAGGCCUCACGAUCACCAACGUUUUCAUCGGCAACUUCUUCUUUGUCGCAGGCAUCGGCAUGGUCAUAUCAGCGCAGUGGGAACUUGUCCUGGGGAACACGUAUGCGUAUACCGUUCUUUCCGCUUUCGGAUUUUUCUAUGGUGGCUUUGGCGCUAUCAUUACGCCUUUGUUUGGAGUUCAGGCAGCCUAUGGAACAGAUACGGCAGGGUAUAACAAUGGGCUGGGGUUUUUUGUGCUCAUGUGGGCUGUCUGGAACUUUUUCUUCUUGCUUGGAUCUUUGCCCCUAAAUCUGGUUUACAUUGGCAUAUUUUUCACAGUGCAGAUGGCGUUCACAUUGGUUGCUGCCUCCUAUUUCGCAACGGCCGACGGGCAUGCGGGUACAGCAUUAGGACUCAAGAAGACAGCAGGGGCAUUCGCCUUCCUCAGUGGGCUUCUGGGUUACUAUACGGUCGCAAAUCUGAUGUGUCAAGAGGCCAUGUUCUUUUCGUUUCCGAUGGGAGAUACAAGCAGGUUUUUCUCGGCGAAGAAAACUCAAGAUUGA